AUGGCAUCCGAUGCUGCCAUUGUCACUUGGUAUCUAUCUGCUCUCUCUCAUAUUUUUCACUAUGCUAUUGUGGUAUUGUGCUAUUAUGGUUGGUUGGUGAAGCACAGAGAGACACACACAGAGAGUAAAACACGUUUCAUUGUAUUUGUCUUACUACACACGGGCUCGGGUGAAGAUGUACAAUUGGGAAUCGGGAACAACGAGGAGAAGGAGACAUUCCAUACAGGGUGGGUAUGCGAAUCAGGCAAGUAUAAGCCCUGGAAUGAUGGGAAGCUAUGGAAAUCAAGGUGCAAUGCAAGGUGGCUACCCGAACCCGCAGAUAGGGCAAGGUGGUUCAAGAAGAGGGCAGCAUGGUGUUGGGCAAUCUGGUGGCGCUCCUUACUUGGGGCAUUAGGUGCCCCUGAGAUGCCAUCUAUAGUCAAUGCAGGGGUGAUUCCAUUACGAGGAAAGGCCUGGGGUGGAAAUGAGUAUGGACAGUGUAGUGAAGAACCUGAGCGGAAAGAUGACACUGGUAGACCUUUGAGAAGGGAUAUAGUGAUCCCUCAGCGCUGUGAAGGGUUCAAGACGAUUAGUAUGACUGAGAAGUUUAGUUGCAGAGCGAAAGAUUUGUUUGAGAUUUUGAUGGAUGAGAAUAGAUGGAAGAAUGGGAGUUUGAUUGUGCAGAAAUGGAGAUUUGGGAGUUGGCCUGAUGGCAUUGAUUCAACGGUGAGGCUUAUACUUGAAGAGCCUAAACCCGGGCUCACUUUAUAUGGGAAUGUGACUGGUGGAGAAUGCACAGAGAGGAUGGCGGGAUCUUAUUUUCCAGAGGAUACGGGCAGUUUUUGGUUUUGGAAUUUGAGAUACUUGAGUAGGGUUUCUCUUGAAAGUGUAGAAUUUAAUGAUUUUGGAAUUAUGAUUCAGAUCUAA